AUGGCCCUUCCAUCGCACAACAUCCGCAUCGUCUCCUUCAACGUCCUUGCCUCCGAGUACUCACGGUUCAACACAGACUCGGGGAGCCACGAGUCCGACACCGCGGCAACAGAGCGUUGGCAACGGAUCGCAGACCUACUUGCCGGCGAUCUCGCCGCGGACGUCAUCGCCCUACUUGAGGCUACUCUUCCGUUUGUUCGCUUCCUUGCUACAGUGGGUGGGUCCGAUCCCGACGCUGUGGCCGAGAACGCUGUCUUCUCCAUCUCGAUCGGCCAGACUAGCUAUUGCGCCGCUGUCGCUCUCCGCCGUGGCAAGCCUGACGGUGCCGCCCUCCUGUGGAAGGCUGACGUCCUCGAUCUUGUCGAUGAGUCGACCUAUGGCAUCAUUCCUGUUCACUUUACAGCUGCUACCCGGACGCCGCGCAUGGCGCUUGUCGGCCUCUUCACUGUCGCCCAUGCCCCCGCCGACGCAGGCAUCCUCGCCAUCGCCGCAACGCAUCUCGAGGGAAAUCCUCGCCGCUCAGACGUCCGCGCUGCUCAACUAGUUGAGCUAGCCUCUGCUAUGCACAACGCCGCUAUUGCGCUUCAUCCCACAGAUGCCGAAGACAAGACCACAUUCGUCAUCGCCGGCGACUUUAACCACUCCCUCGCCCGCAUCGACGGCCUGGACGCCGCCCUCGCCCCGCUUGGGCUGACCCGGCUAACCGGAGACGACAUUGCCAUCACCUUUACCCAGCACAACUCGCGCUCAGACUCGGGACCCAUUCAGAAGACCAUCGAUCACAUGCCAGCUCGACGUCUCGCCACCGGAUCGCGCAGGCCGCGACGCCCCCUACCACGAUCAUUGGCCGUCUGA